AUGGACAAUCGGAGACCAAAGAAGAUAAGUAUCGGCCGAUCCAUCCAGACUUUCCAGCACUCGUGCUUCGCGUUUCUCUCUCUCUCGCACGCGUCUCUCUCUUUCUGUCGGCGCCGAGCUUCCACGGUGCAUGUUCUGCGCUGGGCUGCUCGCCGGCCGACCUGCUUGCUCCGGCUGUCGCGCCCCUGCUGUCGCCGUCGCGCUCGCCGCCGUGCACCGGCCGAGUUCCCGCCGCCGUGCCGCGCGUUGCCGAGCUGCCGUGCGCCGCGUGCCUGCGCUGCUGCUGCUGCCGGCGCUGCCGCUUGCACACCGCCUGCCGUGCGCCACCGUCCGUCGCCGGCCGCCGUGCCUCUGCGCUGUGAGAAGAAGCAAGCACAGGAGAAGCAAGCAAGCAGCCAGCGGGAGAAGGAAGCCAGGAAGGAAGAGAAGGAAAGAAAAAGAAAAGAAAAGAGAAAAAAAAGGAGGAGAAAAGAAAAAAAAAGAAAAAAAAGAGGAAAAAGGUGGAAAUUUCGGAAUUUUGUCGGAUUCGUCGUCAAUCUUUCAAAAGCGAAUUCUCGGUGGUACUAUUUCUGGACGUUCUUGAUCGAAUUUUCUUCAUCGUCGGUAAAGGUAUGUUUAGAUGUUGACGUACAUUUUGGGGAUGGAUCUUGGUAGCUGCACACACUACCUCAUCACCAUAUUGAUAGCUCAAUCGGUGUUAUAAGUGGUGUUUUUUGUGGUCUGUCGUUUGCUUGGUUAUGUCGUGGUACGACGCUGGUAGCGUCGUGAAGAUUUCUAUAUAUAUGCUGGUUAUAUCAUAUACUGUCUGCCUGUGAUCUUUUUGGUCAGUUAUACCGCCCUACAGAGGAAAUGCUGCUAAAAUUUCUAAUUUUUAAAUAAUUAGACAUAGUUGUAAAGUAGGGUGUUACAGAUCAUGUCCUUGAUUUGGAUACAUUUGGUUUUUGCAAUAGAGAGUGUCAUCUUUUCUCCCUACAGAUACACAU